AUGUCGACGAAGUCUAAUUACACUACAGUUAAAAAGUUUUGGGACUUCUUCAUAUCUAUCUCAUUCUCUUCAUAUCUAUCUCAUUCUUUUAAAUGUAUCUAUCUAUCUAUCUAUCUAUCUAUCUAUCUAUCUAUCUAUCUCAUUCUUUUAAAUCUAUCUAUCUGUCUGUCUUAUUCUUUUAAAUGCAUGUAUCUAGCUAUCUAUCUAUCUCAUUCUUUUAAAUGUAUCUAUCUAUCUAUCUAUCUAUCUAUCUAUCUAUCUAUCUAUCUAUCUAUCUAUCUUCUUACCAUUCAAAGGACAAAAUUUCUAUCUAUCUAUCUAUCUAUCUAUCUAUCUAUCUAUCUAUGUAGUGGGUUUGUUUAUAUCUACCUAUCUCUUUUGGUCUGUUCAUAUCUAUCUAUCUAUCUAUCUAUCUAUCUAUCUAUCUAUCUAUCUAUCUAUUUCAGUCUGUUCAUAUCUAUCGAUCUAUCUAUUUCAGUCUGUUCAUAUCUAUCUAUCUAUCUAUCUAUCUAUCUAUCUAUCUAUCUAUCUCGGUUAGUUCAUAUCUAUCUCGAUAUUUUCAUAUCUACCCACUAUCUAUCUAUCGAUCGCAACUUGUUCAUAUCUAUCUAUCUUUCUACUUUGGUCUGUUGA